AAAUGAACCAGGUCAGGAUACUGAAAAGAAAAGUGCAGCAGGAUUGGAAAUCUUGCAAAGACUUUCUGUGGCCCAGUGAGCCUGGGAAUGAUUAUUUCCGCUUACUGGAUUACAUUGUUGCAUUUGCCGGAACGAGAUUUGUGCCAAAAAAUCGUCGUCAUAAACGAUUGCUGCCUCUCUGGAAAGUUUACCACUGGAUGUGCCAUUAUCAUACAGUGUAUCUCUUUUCGAACGCAAUAGCACAUCUGGAUCGUCGAGAUAACUUUGGCGAGUUUUCGUGGUUCCUUAUGAUUGCUUUGGAAGUGUUUAUGGGCCAUGUGAAAGAUUUUAUAGUCGCCAAGUAUACGGAUGAAAUUGAACAUGCGCAACAUUUUCUUAACAAACAAGCUACUAUCGUCCUCGACAGUGUAUAUGACCGUCAAAGAAGGAAAUCCUAUUUUCGGAAAAUUCAAAUUGUGUGUGCUGCGAUUGGACUUGUAUCUUUGAACAUGUUAUUGAUGAUGACAAUUCCAAGUGCGCAGAUUGAUGAACUUUUUGCUUUGUCAAGCUCGAUUCCGCUCUCGAAUGUAUUGUACUAUUUCUUCAAAUUCACAAUUUCUCCAGCAUGGCCGUGUAAAAUUAUUUCCAGUACGGCGCUUAUAACAUCGAUACUUGACGGAUUCAAAACAGAGAUGAUGAUUUUCGCAAAUGAUCUUGAAAGCACAGUACAACAUUCUGAAUCAUCUUGUUUUGGACGCAUUCCUGUCUCUGGAACACAAAGGAAUCAGAAUAUCGAUGAAGAUAGCUUCAGGAACCUACAACACCAUAUCUAUCGGAAAAUAAGUCGCCACGUUGAGCUUCUUGAGAAAAUUAAAAAAUUUCAACCAUUUGUCGAGGUAUUCUUCUUCGUUCUCUACUUUCACGCAAUGGUUCUGAUCGGCACGUACAUUUUCGUGAUUCUUCAAACGGAGUUUUCCAUCGGUUCGGCUAUGAUACUGAUGGCCGUAUCGGUGUACUUUUUAAAAUGCUACUUCUGGUGCUGGGUCAUCAACUCUUUUCAGGAUGUAAAUGAACAGAUCGCGGUGCACAUAAUGAAGCUGAUCACCGCAAUACCGCACUCAAAGGAGCACCACUUGGAGUAUACCGAACUGCGAACAAUGCUGAUGAUCAUGAUGAUGCGUACACAAUCCAGUGCGGAGUUCAGCUGUGGUGGUUUGUCGGUAAUAUCGGUUGAAUUGUUUGGGAAUCUUCUGAACGUAUCCUACUCGGUAAUUACGUUUCUAUUGAACAUUAUUUAAGUUCACGGAAUGCUGUUAAUCUUGAUCUACAGUUAGGCGAGUUUACAGGCAUCAAGUACCGUGAUGUACUGGAUGUAUAGGUGUUUUGAGCAUAGCUACCAUUUGUCAUUUAUAUCUAAUAUUUGUAAAUAUUUUUCAGUUCUCUUUUUACUUCCUCUAACAUUUUCAUAGAAUGCGACACAUAAGGUAUAUCAUGUAGUAUAAUCAGAUUUGCGAUCUCUUAUUGAUCAA